AGAAAACAGAAAUGAAAUCUGUUAAAUUUUCAAAAGAAGAUCAAGCAGCGAUCAUGAAAAGCCUUGAUGAGCAAGAUUUUGAAACCUUCAUCUCCUACUUCAGAAAUACUGAUCUCAUAGUUGAAUGUGAGUACAUGCUAACACGUUAAAAAUAAAAAUUGGCGCCGACUGAAAAUGCUUAAUUUACAAUUGGCAGAGUGUCCUACUACGUUCAAAUCACUGAAAUGAUAAAAAUAAAGAUUCAAAAUGAAUGGGCGGGAUUCAUAAAAGGUCGAAUAUAUUUCAAACCUGAAGACAUUGAUAAUCGUGAUGAUGAAUUCUAAAAGCUACAAGAAUGCACAUCUAAAGACCUAUUUCUCACUGACAUUACUUAAUGGUUUCUAUCUACUACAUUUGUUUAAAAAAUAAAAGUCGAUCCAAUUGAUAUGUUUGUCGAAGGGACAAUCGUACUAGACGAUGACCAUUUCUAUACACGUGCAGAAUACAACACAAAAUUAUAAGAGUUUAACCCUCCUAUAAAUGAAUGGUUAAUAUAUUGCAAUUGCAAAAGAUUAUACGAUCCUAAAGAAGACUAUAUUCUAUGUGAAUUCUGUAAUAAUUGGAUUCAUUAUACUUGCAGUGGAAAAAGUGACAAAGAACUUAAAAAUAUUUCUAAGAUCAAGUUCAUUUGUCUUGCAUGUGUUGAUUAAAACUAAAACAAGAAGAAAAAGUUAUCCAAUGUUUAAGAAUAUUCAACUCAAGAUGGUGAUUCCACUAAAAUUAGAUCUUUUAAUACUACACAUGGAAAAAAGAAGAAAUGA